UUCUCAAGAUAUUUUAUUUCAUAUUUUAACCCCCCCCAGGCUCCGAUUAAGAAUGGUAGAUGCCAGCUUCCGGUUUUUCUCGGAAGUCUCGCGAUGGGGAGCGGAAGUCUCGCGAUGGAGGGCGGAGACUGGUCCGCAGAGAUGCCCAAGGAUUUGGAACGGCCCAAUGUAAAGCAAGGCAGCUGGGCGGUCCUAAUUCCCGGGAUUGUCGGUGGGGCACUGGUAGCGGUUUAUGCGAUAGCGACACCAUUUCUCACGCCAGCCCUCCGGAAGCUCUGUUUACCCUUUGUACCGGCGACUCCCAAGCAGGUUGAAAAUGUUGUGAAAAUGUUGCAGCGUAGAAGUGGAUCCCUGGUGGACAUCGGUAGCGGCGAUGGACGUAUUGUGAUUGCGGCAGCAAAGGAAGGAUUCACAGCCGUUGGUUAUGAACUAAACCCGUGGCUAGUUUGGUACGCCAGAUACCGUGCUUGGCGAGAAGGCGUGCAUGGUUCUGCCAAGUUCUAUAUUUCGGAUUUGUGGAAGGUUACUUUUUCUCAGUACUCAAACGUCGUAAUUUUCGGCGUGCCCCAGAUGAUGCUGCAGCUGGAGAAGAAACUGGAAGAGGAACUUGAGAACGGCACCAGAGUCAUUGCUUGCCGGUUCCCUUUCCCACACUGGACCCCUGACCACGUCACCGGACAGGGGAUAGACACCGUGUGGGCUUACGACAUGAGCGCUUCCAGGGACCUGAGGCCCCCAAAGGCAGCAUCUCCAGACAGUCAUUGAAAUAGAGCUUCUUCCUGGGCAGUGCCUUUCUGAAAUGGGGGCGAACUUUGAUUCCACCAGAGGUGGACACCGGUGUCUUUGGCCCUAGCACAUACUUUUCUUUAAUGUGGAAUAAGAAGUUACUACUGGGCUGGAGAGAUGGCUUAGCGGUUAUGCGCUUGUCUGUGAAGCCCAAGGACCCCGGUUCGAGGCUCGAUUCCCCAGGACCCACGUCAGCCAGAUGCACAAGGGGCCGCAUGCGU